AUGGCGACACCGAUCGACGACUCGAUGCAAGCCCGCAUCACAACAGACUGCCCCAACGCAACCCGCGAAAUCCUCCUCCACGCCUGGAGCCACGACGCUUCCGCCCUCAAGAAACUCCUCCACGAACCAGGCCAAGCGAGCUGCCAGGACCCCACGACCGGCGAGACGCCCCUCCACGCCGCCAUCCGCGCCUGCGGACCUGCCGACAAUGAGACCAAGAACGGUGACGAUAACGACGACGAAGAAGGAGAAGAUGGCCAAGUAGAAGAAGCAAAGGAAACAGUCCACGAGCUCUUCCUCUCCGGCGCAAUCUGGAACGACGUCGACAGCAACAACGAAACACCAGGCUGUCUCGCCCUCCGUCUCGGCCAGAAGAGCCUCUACAAGCUCUGCGUCGAGGCCGGCGUGCGCGCAGAGAUGUUGUUUGGGUUGUUGGACGGGUACGAGGCGCUCUCUUCAGGGGGCUCGGAGAUGGACGAGGAUGAGGUUGAGGCCGUCGAAGGGACCGCAGACGCAAAUUCAGCCGCCAACGACGUCGUCAUCGAGGACGUCCAGGAUACGGAAGAAGCACCAGAGCUCGUCGAGGCACCUUCACAACCAGCUGCCGAGGAACAAGAACCCAAAAAGUUCCAACUCCCAACCGUCCAAGACCCCUCCCUCAACUCGGAAGAGUAUCUCGCCUCGAACCUGACCUACUCCUCCGGCAAACUCGUCGACGAGGCCGGCAACGGCGUCAUGAUGGCCUGGGAGACGGAAAUCAUGCGCAAGAGCGUCGACGCCCUGAUCCCACCACCCACCACCGAAGACUCCUCCGAUGCCUCUAGCACAUCAGGCAAACGCAUCCUAAACAUCGGCUUCGGAAUGGGCAUAAUCGACUCCAUGUUCCGCUCCACCUCCCCAGCACGCCACCACAUCAUCGAAGCCCACCCCACAGUCCUCGCUGAAGUCGACAACACCACCACCACCACCAACUCAGACUCCAUCCCCUCCACCUUUGGCGCAGCAUGGGAAGCCUCCAGCCCCCAAGAAGGAGCCUACAAGAUCCACCGCGGCAAGUGGCAGGACGUCGUCCCUCAACUCCUCGAGGCCGGCGAGGUCUACGACGCAAUCUACUUUGACACCUUUGGCGAAGACUACGGCCAGCUCAAAACCUUUUUCACGGAGUUCAUCCCAGGCCUCUUGGACUUUGAAGGCCGCUUCAGCUUCUUCAACGGCCUGGGCGCCGACCGCAGGAUAUGCUACGACGUCUACACAAAGGUCGUCGAGAUGCACAUGGCCGACGCCGGUCUGGAUGUCGAGUGGGAGGAGAUGGACGUGGACAUGAAGGGCUUGGAAAAAGCCGGUGCUGGCGAGUGGGAGGGCGUGGUGCGCCGGUACUGGACUUUGGUCAAGUACCGCUUGCCCACAUGCACGUUCAUGGGCUAA